AUGUCGCUCCUUCACACCCUCCUCGCACGUGAGGAGGAAUCCGGCCCCGCACCGGUCUGUGAGACCGGCAAUGAAUAUGACGGCAACAUGGGGGUGCGCAUCUCCUCCAUUUUCGUCAUUUUGGUCGGAUCCUCCUUCGGAGCGCUGCUCCCCGUUCUCGCCCGCCGCUAUGGCGACUCCAAAAUCGGCUCCUGGCUCUUCUUCAUCGCCAAAUAUUUCGGCUCGGGAGUCAUCAUCGCCACGGCUUUUAUCCACUUGCUGGCUCCUGCCGAAGAAGCCCUCAAGAACGAGUGCCUGACUGGCCCGAUCACAGAGUACUCCUGGGUCGAGGGUAUCAUCCUGAUGACGAUCGCGGUGCUGUUCUUUGUGGAGUUGAUGGUGAUGCGGUACGCGCGCUUUGGCUCCGGCGACGGCCACGGCCACGGCCACGCUCACUCCCACACCCACACCCACGGCGACGACCAUGACCAUCACUCCGGCGGCGAGCCGUACUCCGACUCCAAUGAACCCAAGGAUCUCCAGAGCCACAUCCUCGGCGAGGACCAUCUCGGCCAUUCGCGGGAGCAUGAAGAUCCCGAGUGCGGCGGCGUCAAAGACACCUCGUUGGAGGACUACGCGGCGCAGCUGACAUCCAUCUUCAUCCUCGAAUUCGGCAUUAUCUUCCACUCCGUAUUCAUCGGACUCACCCUGGCCGUCUCAGGCGAGGAAUUCACCACCUUAUACAUCGUCCUGGUCUUCCACCAGACCUUCGAGGGGCUCGGAUUGGGAUCGCGUCUGGCCACCAUUCCGUGGCCACAUUCGAAGCGCUGGACGCCGUACAUCCUGGGUGCGGCGUUCGGAUUGUCGACGCCCAUCGCCAUUGCCGUUGGAUUGGGGGUGCGCACAUCGUACCCGCCCGAGGGCUACACGACACUGGUUGUCAACGGCGUGUUCGAUUCCAUCUCGGCGGGGAUUUUGAUUUACACGGCGCUGGUGGAGCUUUUGGCACAUGAGUUUAUGUUCAGCACGUCGAUGCGCAAGGCGCCGAUCCACCAUGUGCUGGCGGCGUUUUUCUUGCUGUGUUUGGGGGCGCUGCUGAUGGCGCUUUUGGGGAAGUGGGCUUAG